AUGAUCCAGAAUAAAUCUGCAAGACAUCAGUUUAGGGAAGGUUGUCCUCCUCCUCCUCCUCCUGGAGAUGCAUUCAUUGUAUAUAGUAGCAUAGUGGCUGAGAACUAUCAGCACAUUCUGGCUUUGGCAUUUGCUGUGCAGGAGAUCAACCAAAAUUCCCAGAUAUUACCCAACACUACACUAGGAUUCAAAGUUUAUGACAGUUUCCUAUCUCCAAAGUGGAUUUAUCAUGCCACAAUUAAGUUUCUUUCUCCAAAGAACAAGCUUGUCCCCAACUACAAGUGUGAGAUCCACGACAAACUACUGGCAGUCAUUGAGGAACUGGUUUCUGAUGUCUCCCAACAACUACCAAAGGUCUUGGACGUGUACAAGGUUCCACAACUUGUGCAUGGCUCUGCUACAGUUGAAAUGGAGAGCCAGCAACUUCAUCCCUUCUACCGGUUGGUUCCAAAUGGAUUCCAUCAGUACAAGGGGAUUCUCCAGUUACUUCACCAUUUCAACUGGAGAUGGGUUUCAUUCAUUGCUGCAAAUGGAGAGAAUUUAGAGUGGUUCAGGAAUGCAAUGUUUCCAGAGUUCUCCAAAAGAGGCAUCUGUUUUGCACUUAUGGAGUCAUUCACCAGUUUGUGUUUAUGUUAUAAUCCUGAAAAAGGACUGAUUUUGAAAUGCGGAUUGGAAUUUUAUUAUAAGGUGAUUAACAGUAAAGCCAACGUGCUGAUUUUCUAUGGGGACACACGUUCUAUGGUACUUUUGAGGUACUUGCUGAGUAUAGAUGCAAUGGAAAGGUCAAAAGGCAAAGUUUGGAUUCUAACAGUGGGAAUGGAGUUAAAAGACAUUAUCAGCAGAAGUUGGGAUAUGCGAGACUUCAACGGUAGUUUGUCAUUUUCCCUUCAUUCCAAGGAACUUCCAGGAUUUCAGGCAUUUCUUCGGAGCAGAAACCCUUCUGAUGCUAAAGGAGAUGGUUUUAUCAAAGAUUUCUGGGUUCAGGCAUUUGACUGUACAUUUCAGGACUCUCUUCUGGACCAUGUGAGUGGGAAUUGCUGCACUGGAGAGGAGAAGCUGGAGGACCUUCCCGAGCAUGUCUUCCCAGUGAGUGUGACUGGCCACAGCUACAGCAUCUACAAUGCAGUCUAUGCUGUGGCCCAUGCUCUAAAGGCCAUGCAUUCAUCCACAUCCAAAAGAAAAGCAAUGGUGGAAGGAGAAGGAAGGGGGCUUCAUAAUCAACACGCCUGGCAGCUCCACCCUUUUCUGAAAGCUGUGUCAUUUAACAACAGUGCUGGAGAAAAUGUUUUCUUUGACAAGAAUGGUGAGUUAGUUCUGAGAUAUGACAUCAUAAAUUGGAUCGUAUUUCCAAACCAAUCUUUCAUUAGAGUAAAAGUUGGAAGCAUGGAUCCCCAGGCUACUCUCGAGGAAGCAUUGACUAUUGAUGAAGAUGCCGUUGUGUGGCACAGCUGGUUUAACCAGGUACACCCUCUUGCUGUGUGUAAUGCCAACUGCCAACCGGGUUAUAGGAUGAGACAGAAGGAAGGGGAGCCCUUCUGCUGCUAUGACUGCAUCCCAUGCCCCGACGGGAGAAUAUCUGACCAUGAAGACAUGACUGACUGUUCCAAAUGCCCAGAUGAUCAUUAUGCAAACGAGGGCCGGAAUUUAUGCAUUCCCAAGAUUGUGAGCUUCUUAUCUUAUGAAGAACCUUUGGGUAUCAGUUUAGCCCUGAGUGCUGUUUCAUUUUCUAUGAUCACAGCCCUGGUGAUAAGAAUAUUUAUCAAGCACCACAACACCACCAUGGUCAAAGCCAACAACAGGGACCUCACCUACACCCUUCUCAUCUCCCUCCUGCUCUGUUUCUUUUGUGCAUUGCUGUUCAUCGGCCAGCCAGAGAAGGUGACAUGCCUUCUCCGCCAAACAGCCUUUGGCCUUGUCUUCACAAUGACUGUUUCUUCUGUGUUAGCCAAAACCAUCACUGUGGUUCUAGCCUUCAAGGCCACCCAGCCGGGAGCCAGGAUCAAGAAGUGGGUUGGGAAAAGGUUGGCCCUGUCCAUUGUUCUUUCUUGCUCCAGUCUUCAAGCCGCCAUUUGCACUUCUUGGCUGGCAACCUCUCCCCCAUUCCCAGACACAGACAUGCACUCUGUGGCCAAAGAAAUUGUACUUCAAUGCAAUGAGUCUUCAUCCGUAAUGUUUUUCUGUGUCCUGAGCUACAUGAGCUUGCUUGCCAUUGUCAGCUUCAACGUGGCUUUCAAUGCCCGGAAGCUGCCAGAUAGUUUUAAUGAAGCCAAAUGUAUCACUUUCAGCAUGUUGGUAUUUUGCAGCGUUUGGCUGUCUUUUGUUCCAACCUACUUAAGCACAACAGGGAAAUACAUAGCAGCCGUGGAAAUCUUCUCUAUCUUAUCCUCCAGUGCAGGGAUCUUGGUUUGCAUGUUUUCUCCCAAAUGCUACAUUAUUUUGUUGAGGCCCGAGCUGAACAGGAAAGAACAUUUCUUAAGGAGAAAACAUUGA